GGUUUAUGAAGGAAGCCUAGAGAGGGGUCCUGGCUGAUUUUACGCCGCAUCCGGCCGGGCCCACUACAUGUCUUUGAGGCCACAGCACAUCGCAUUUAGGCUGGGAUCACGCACUUGCGAAACUCUGGUAACGUUAGGCAUCGUGAGUUAUCGUCGUUAAGGCACAGCUGCACAAGCGACAAGUCUCCGGCACCGCUUCCCUGCUUUGCACAAAGUUGCAGCCUGUCACGUGUAGCCUGCAUCACAGAGACGCACGCGCAAUCCGCAACUCAAGCUAAAAGCCCACCGCACGAAAAGCAAACAAGAUGCUCGACGGCAUCUUCCCCUGGUCCGCGCCCGUGGCCGGCCUACCGGUCGUUUUAUCGGUAGCCGUAGCGCGGCAGUACUUGAGUGGCUUCCUCAUUGGGUGCGGCGUCGGCGGCGUGGUAGGAGCGUCCACUUUGGGAGUGGCUAUGUUUUCGCUGAGCGCGCCGACGGGCGAGCUGAAAAACUUCACGGCCGUCGUACCUGUGGUCAAUUGCUGCGCGAACGUCGGUACGGUACUCCAGUACUCGAAGCAUGCGAACAGAAGUAUUUGCAUGAAGAUGUGGCCGUUCAUCGUGUUGGGCAUCUGCGUCGGUACCUGGUUACUCCCUCGCAUCGACGAGGCGUCUCUUAGGAAAUUUACUUCUGUGGUCUACGCGCUAGUCCUCGCGCAGUCCGUGAGCGAGUACUUCCUGCAGAAGCAACGGGCCAAAAGCGCCCAGAAGGAGGACGACGCUCUGAAGGACCAGAAGAAAGCUUCCGAACAGUUCUACGGGAGAUUGGAGGUUGCGGCGGCCAUUUCGAUACUUUGUGGGUUGCUCACGGUGCUGACGAACAACAGUGGUCCGAUUUUCAACAUAUAUCUGUUGAACUGUGGUUUGUCCAUGAACCAGUUCGUCGCGACGAGAGCGGUCCUGAUGGCGGGCAAGAACGUCGCGAAGGUCGGCGCAAGGCUCGUGGCCGGCUCGAUCUCCGUCCCAGUGAUCAUCCACGGCCUCCAGAUCGGCGUCAUGUGCCUGGUCGGCAUCCAGUGCGCCAAGCCCAUCAAGGACCGGACGAGUCCGCAGCUGUACAAGUUCUUCACGUGGGGGGUCCUGCUCUACACGGCGGUGAAGAUGUGGUUCGCGUAGGGGUUGUAAGUAUAAGUCGAGUCGAG